UAUAUUUCGAAAACGCGAAUUUCGAAUGCGAAUUGCGAAUACCACAUUUUCAACUUUCAAGUGCUUACUGCUUUCCAUUUUCAAAUUAUUUUGUCGUUCAGUGUUUAACUUGAAACUAUUUUAAAACCGCAAUGCCGUCAUCUAACUGCAGUGUUUUAGGCUGUAAAAGUAAAGAGCGAAAACAUGUCUUUCCACAGAAUGACGAUGAUUUUAACACGUGGUUGCAGCGUUGUAAUAAUAACAAAUUGUUUCAUCUUGACAAAUCUGUUGUUCGACGCCGGUAUGCGGUUUGUCAUUUACAUUUUGCUGAAUCAUGUGACAGCCCAGGAACAAAAAAGCUUAAAAAAGGGUCACUACCAACUUUAUUUUUACCAAGUAAUAAUGUAAAAAAUUAAAUUAUAUCGGUGUCUGGUGACAUGUUUGUGUA